AUGGCAGCCCUGGCAGCUGGCGUGUCCAGGCAGCGGGCGGCUGCGGAAGGUCUUGGCUCCAUCCAGAAAGCCGUGAAGUACUUGGGCCAGGACUUCGAGACCCUGAGGCAACAGUGCCUGGACUCAGGGGUCCUAUUUAAGGACCCAGAGUUCCCAGCUUGUCCGUCAGCUUUGGGCUUUAAGGAACUGGGACCACACUCCCCCCAGACUCAAGGCAUUGUGUGGAAGCGGCCCACGGAGUUGUGUCCCAGCCCUCAGUUUAUCGUUGGUGGAGCCACACGCACAGACAUUCGGCAGGGUGGUCUGGGUGACUGCUGGCUUCUGGCGGCCAUUGCUUCCCUGACCUUGAAUGAAAAGCUUCUUUACCGUGUGGUUCCCAAGGACCAGAGCUUCCAGAAGAACUACGCGGGCAUCUUUCAUUUCCAGUUCUGGCAGUACGGCGAGUGGGUAGAGGUGGUGGUGGACGACCGGCUGCCCACCAGGCACGGGCAGCUGCUGUUCGUGCACUCGGCAGAGGGGAGCGAGUUCUGGAGCGCCCUGCUGGAGAAGGCCUACGCCAAGCUCAACGGCUCGUACGAAGCUCUUACCGGAGGGUCCACAGUGGAGGGGUUUGAAGAUUUCACAGGUGGCAUCUCUGAGUUUUACGACCUGAAGGAGCCGCCCCCUAAUCUGUAUCAGAUCGUCCGGAAGGCCCUGCGCAAGGGGUCUCUGCUGGGCUGCUCCAUCGAUGUCUCCAGUGCAGCUGAGACAGAAGCCAUCACCAGCCAGAAGCUGGUCAAGAGUCACGCGUACUCUGUCACUGGAGUCGAAGAGGUGCAUUUCCACGGCCGCCCAGAGAAGCUGAUCCGACUCAGGAACCCAUGGGGCGAAGUGGAAUGGUCAGGAGCCUGGAGCGAUGACGCCCCUGAGUGGAAUGACAUCGAUCCCAGGCAGAAGGAAGAGCUGGACAAGAAAGCGGAGGAUGGAGAGUUCUGGAUGUCAUUUUCAGACUUCCUGAGACAGUUCUCUCGCCUGGAGAUCUGCAACUUGUCCCCGGACUCCCUGAGCAGCGAGGAAAUGCACAAGUGGAACCUGGUCCUGUUCAACGGCCGCUGGACCCGGGGCUCCACCGCGGGGGGCUGCCAGAACUACCCAGCCACGUACUGGACCAAUCCCCAGUUCAAGAUCCACCUGGACGAGGCGGACGAGGACCAGGAGGAGAGCGCCGGUGAGCCCUGCUGCACGGUGCUGCUGGGCCUGAUGCAGAAGAACCGCAGGCGCCAGAAGAGGAUGGGCCAGGGCAUGCUUAGCAUCGGCUAUGCCGUCUACCAGGUUCCCAAGGAGCUGGAGAGGCACAUAGACGUGCACCUGGGCCGGGAUUUCUUCCUGGGCCACCAGCCGUCCGCCCGCUCCGGCACCUUCAUCAACCUGCGGGAGGUGUGCGGCCGGACCCGGCUGCCCCCCGGCGAGUACCUGGUGGUGCCGUCCACCUUCGAGCCCUUCAAGGACGGCGAGUUCUGCUUGAGGGUGUUCUCGGAGAAGAAGGCCAAGGCCCUGGAAAUCGGGGAUGUCAUGGCUGGAAGCCCACAUGAGCCGCAUCCCGCUGAGCUGGAUGAGAAAGACGGCAGGUUCCAGAGCCUGUUGGAGGAGCUUGCUGGGAAGGGCUCUGAGAUCACUGCCAGCGUGCUCAGGACGGUCCUGAAUGGGGCGUUUUCCAAACGAACGGACAUGAAAUUCGAUGGAUUCAACAUCAACACUUGCCGGGAAAUGAUCAGCUUGCUGGAUAGCAAUGGGACGGGUACCUUGGGACCAGAUGAAUUGAAGAUGCUCUGGCUGAAAAUUCAGAAGUAUUUGGAGAUCUAUCUGGACGUGGGUUGUAACCACUUGGGGACCAUCGAUGCCCAUGAGAUGAGGACAGCCCUCAAGAAGGCAGGUUUCACCCUCAACAACCAGGUGCAGCGGACCAUUGCCAUGCGUUAUGCCUGCAGCAAGCUCGGAGUCGACUUCGACGGCUUCGUGGCCUGUGUGAUCCGCCUGGAGAGCCUCUUCAAACUGUUCAGGCUUCUGGACAAGGACCAGAGUGGCACCGUGCAGCUCUCUCUGGCUGAGUGGCUGUGUUGUGUGUUGGUCUGACGCCUGGCUCCCGACAUCGACCACACUCCCUGCCUUCUGGCAUGCCUCUUCCCUCCCCUUUCCCAUUCUGUGGCAUUCAUUGGUUGUUCCUUGUCUUUGCUGCCUCUGGUUGUCCCCAAGA